AUCUUAAUUGCCAGAGGGCCAAUGGAUCCAACUUAUAGUUGAUAAUAUCUUAUUAUGUCCACCAAAGUCGGUUCUCAAGCCAACUGGUAUCAACUCCCUGGUUUGAGAUUAGAGGCCUGCAGUGAAUAACUGGGAGGGGGAGGAACUUAGCAACAGCAGAAAGUGUUCGGCUCCACCAAAUUAAAUAGGUCAAGUUUGAUGACUGGCAUUUUGAAGAAGCUACAAGAUCCUGAAUAUGGUUUCGUAGCAUGUUGCAUUGUGUAAAAGAUUAGAAGAUGGCUUUUUAUUCCGAAGAAGAUUCAGGUGAUGAUUACCUCUUUAAGAUUGUCUUACUUGGUGACUCGGGUGUCGGAAAGUCAAACUUGCUCGCAAGAUUUGCAAGAAACGAGUUUUACUCAAAUUCAAAGUCUACAAUAGGAGUAGAAUUUCAAACUCAGAAGAUGGAAAUUAAUGGGAAAGAAGUUAAGGCACAAAUAUGGGACACGGCUGGUCAAGAACGCUUUAGAGCUGUUACAUCUGCGUAUUACAGAGGUGCCGUUGGGGCUCUUGUGGUCUACGACAUCAGCAGGCGUCAAACGUUCGAUAGUGUUGGCAGAUGGCUUCACGAACUUCACACUCACUGCGAUAUGAAUGUAGUUACAAUACUCGUGGGCAACAAAAAGGAUCUUAAAGAUGCGAGAGAAGUUUCAACAGCCGAGGGGAAGUCAUUAGCGGAAUCAGAAACUCUAUUCUUUACGGAAACUUCAGCCCUAGAUUCCUCAAACGUAAAUGCUGCUUUUCAGACGAUUGUUAAAGAGAUUUACGACAUCUUGAGUAAGAAGGUGAUCCAAUCUCAAGAACUGAAGAAAGAUCCUUCUGUCGGUAGCAGAAAAACCGUGGUUUUGGAAGCGAACCAAGAGAAGAAGAAAGAGGAGCAACCAAAAAAGGCUGGGUGUUGUUCAUCUUAGAGAUUCAUAAAAUUAUAUAUAUAUAUAUAUAUAUAUGUGUGUGUGUGUUAUUUGGCUAUAGAUAUAUAUAGGUGAAAUUGUAUUAGAAAAUGUAAAUGGCAUCAAGAUAUUUAGAAGGGAAAAGAAAUAGAGGGUUUUGCUGUGCUCCUUUCUUUUCUUGUUGCUGCUUUAGAUUGAGGGUAGGGGGAGGG